UUCUCGUCUCCGCGCAGGCGCGCGCCGGCAGAAGUUUGUCCCGCGUCGCGGCCCGUCCGCCGCCGGGGCUCGAGGCGCGCGGUCCUCCCGGGGGCGCGCGGCAGCGAUGGCGUUCCUGUGUCAGCGUGACAGCUACGCCCGGCAGCUCACCACCGCCGUGGUCUCCUGCCGUCCCGCGGAGCUGCGGACCGAGGGCCGCCACGGCGAGAAGGAAGUUCUCAGCGGUUUCCAGGUGGUGCUGGAAGACACGCUGCUUUUCCCGGAAGGCGGGGGACAGCCUGAUGACCGUGGUACAAUCAAUGGCAUCUCUGUGCUGAGAGUGACCCGACGGGGGGCCCAGGCCGAUCAUUUCACACAGACAUCGCUGGCCCCUGGGAGCCAGGUCCAGGUGCAGGUGGACUGGGAGCGGAGAUUUGACCACAUGCAGCAGCAUUCAGGACAACAUCUCAUCACAGCAGUUGCUGACCAUCUGUUUGGAAUGAAGACAACAUCAUGGGAGCUAGGAAGGCUCCGGAGUGUGAUUGAGCUGGACAGCCCCUCUGUGACUGCAGAGCAAGUAGCUGCCAUCGAGCAGAGUGUCAAUGAGAAGAUCAGAGAUCGGCUGCCUGUAAGUGUGCGAGAACUGAACCUGGAUGAUCCUGAGGUAGAGCAGGUGAGGGGCCGGGGUUUGCCAGAUGAUCAUGCUGGGCCCAUUCGAGUUGUUACCAUUGAGGGUGUUGACUCCAACAUGUGCUGUGGGACCCACGUGAGCAAUCUCAGUGACCUUCAGGUCAUUAAAAUUCUGGGCACUGAAAAGGGAAAAAAGAACAAAACUAACCUGGUAUUUCUGGCUGGGAAUCGGGUGCUAAAAUGGAUGGAGAGAAGUCAUGGAACUGAAAAGGCACUGACCACUCUGCUUAAGUGUGGAGCAGAAGAUCACGUGGAUGCAGUGAAAAAGCUGCAGAAUUCCACCAAGCUCCUGCAAAAGAACAACCUGAAUCUGCUCAGAGACCUGGCUGUGCACGUUGCCCACAGCCUCCGGAGUAGCCCAGACUGCGGAGGUGUGCUUGCACUACACAGGAAGGAGGGUGAUUCAGAGUUUAUGAAUAUCAUCGCCAACGAGAUCGGGUCAAAGGAGACCCUCCUGUUCUUAACUGUGGGAGAUGAGAAAGCUGCUGGACUCUUUCUACUGGCAGGGCCAGCUGAAGCUGUGGAGACCCUGGGGCCAAGGGUGGCUGAGGUCUUGGAAGGCAAAGGAGCGGGGAAGAAAGGCCGCUUCCAGGGCAAGGCCACCAAGAUGAGCCGGCGGGCAGAGGCACAGGCGCUUCUGCAGGACUAUGUCAGCACGCAGAGCGCAGAGGAGUGAGGCUCGGCGUGACUGCCCUGGCCACAGAAGGAGUUUCUCAGACAGUGAAAUGGACUGACUCGAAAUGGUUCUGCUACCACCUACAUUAGUGGUUCUGACUCUCAUACAAUGUAUUUUAGUGUGUUUGUGUGAUUAGUAUAUGUUUGUGAAUAAAGUUUUCCAAUUUGACCCCUAUUAGACAUAA